UCCCCUCCAGAUUUUGCUAAAACCCUUCCGCGGCCCCUUUCCUAUCUCCCUCUUCUCGAUUCCUUUUCUUUCACUGCCUUAAUUCUGCUGUAAUAACGAUAUUAAUGACUUCAUACUUGGAUUGCUUGUGUUGAUGCGAGGGGUUCGUGAUUUUUGAAUCAAUGGCGGGGCAGCUGAUUAAAGAAUGGACCGCUAUACAGCAGUUUCCUUCGGCCACUCAGGAAAAAUUGCUUGAGUUGUUGGGGCAAUUGAAGAACAAGAAUGUUAACACAUUGACAAUUCUGGUGAUGGGGAAAGGAGGUGUUGGAAAAUCGUCCACUGUUAAUUCAGUUAUUGGCGAACGAGCGGUGACUGUGAGUGCUUUCCAGUCUGAGACUCCGAGGCCGGUGAUGGUUUCAAGAUCACGAGCUGGAUUUACACUGAACAUUAUUGAUACUCCGGGGCUUGUUGAAGGAGGAUAUGUCAGCGACCAGGUGCUCGAGACCAUAAAAAGUUUUCUGGGCAGAUUCCUUUUGAACAGAACCGUAGAUGUGUUGCUUUAUGUGGACCGUUUGGACGCAUAUAGAGUGGAUAAUUUGGACAAGCAAGUUGUUAAAGCUAUUACUGAUAGUUUCGGUAAGGAAAUAUGGCAUAAAACUAUGGUGGUUCUGACACAUGCUCAGCUAUCGCCGCCGGAUGCAUUAAGUUAUGAGGAGUUCUUUUCCAAGAGAUCAGAAUCCCUUCUGAAAUGCAUACGACAAGGCGCUGGAAUUGGCAGAAAGGAUAUACAGAAAUACGCCAUUUCCGUGGCUUUGGUUGAGAACAGCGGGAGAUGCACCAAGAAUGAAAAUGACGAAAAGGUUCUGCCUUCUGGUACAGCUUGGAUUCCCAGUUUGGUCAAUACCAUAACCGAUGUCGCCUUAAAUGGAAAACCGGGUAUCCUGGUCGACAAGAAAUUGAUCGAGGGGCCAAAUGCAAACGACAGGGGAAAGAUCUACAUCCCAUUGAUCUUAGCUUUCCAAUACUUCUUUGUGAUCAAACCGAUACAGAAGUGGAUCAAGCAAGAUAUCAUCAGAGAAUCGAGCCCAGCGUGGGAUUAGGAAUCACUUUUUGAUUAUCUUCGGCCUUUUCAAAGGUUCCGUCCACUUCUUUUUCUGCACUCAUUGGUGGCUUCCCCGAGCUCGGCUGUCGGAAUUUUGUCGAAUGUGUUACAAGGUAUGUUUUAUGUUUUUUUGCGUGGAUUCUUGUUCUUGAAACUGAAUUGUUGGUAUGGAACUGCAGUUGUCUCUCAGCGUUAGACGAGUUUCUGAAGUACUUUACAUUUUAUUCUCACUUUCUAUAUUUCAAUUGGUUGCCCAUGAA